AUGGGGUUGGGUUUGCUAGCUUCCAGAAGUCUCCGAUCCUCAUCGGUCAGGGUUUUGUCGACAAAGACUAUCGUCAGAACCAUCGUGUCCACACCGGAGCUCCACAAACCGGAAGCCGUAGCUGAGGCACCGACUGAGCCCGAUCUCCCUAAGCGCACUCCUGUUGCCGGGGCUAGGGUUCAUUUUCCCAAUCCAGAUGAUGUCAUCGAGGUCUUUGUGGAUGGGUACCCGGUUAAGAUCCCCAAGGGGAUGACUGUUUUACAGGCCUGUUCGAUCGCAGGUGUUGAUAUCCCACGGUUUUGUUACCAUGAUCGCCUCUCCAUCGCCGGUAAUUGCCGUAUGUGUCUUGUGGAGGUCGAGAAGUCCCCGAAGCCCGUUGCUUCUUGUGCAAUGCCUGCACUCCCAGGGAUGAAAAUAAAGACCGAUACACCAGUGGCAAAAAAGGCACGUGAAGGAGUGAUGGAGUUCCUUCUGAUGAAUCAUCCACUGGAUUGCCCAAUUUGUGAUCAGGGUGGGGAAUGUGACCUUCAGGAUCAGUCUAUGGCUUUUGGAUCUGAUAGAGGCCGUUUUACUGAAACGAAGAGAUCUGUUGUUGAUAAGAAUCUUGGUCCUUUGGUCAAGACGGUAAUGACACGGUGCAUCCAAUGUACCAGAUGUGUCAGGUUUGCAAGUGAAAUAGCAGGAGUGCAAGAUCUUGGCAUGUUGGGGCGUGGAAGUGGAGAAGAAAUUGGCACCUAUGUUGAAAAACUCAUGACCAGUGAACUUUCAGGGAAUGUAAUUGAUAUUUGUCCUGUGGGAGCACUCACCUCGAAGCCAUUUGCUUUUAAAGCUCGGAACUGGGAGUUGAAAGGCACCGAGAGCAUUGACGUUACAGAUGCCGUUGGUUCUAACAUUCGUAUUGAUAGUAGAGGUCCAGAAGUGAUGCGCAUUGUACCGCGGUUAAAUGAGGACAUUAAUGAGGAAUGGAUAUCAGACAAAACACGUUACUGUUAUGACGGGUUGAAGAGACAAAGACUAAAUGACCCGAUGAUUCGUGGUGCUGAUGGACGKUUUAAGCCUGUGAGCUGGCGUGAUGCUCUUGCUGUGGUGGCGGAGGUCAUCCACCAAGUUAAACCUGAGGAAAUUGUUGGAGUUGCUGGUAAACUCUGUGAUGCAGAAUCUAUGAUCUUGCUAAAAGACUUUUUAAACAAAAUGGGGUCCAACAAUGUAUGGUGUGAAGGAAAUGCCAAGAACACGAAUGCAGAUUUACGCUCGGGAUAUCUUUUAAAUAGCAGUAUAAGUGGAUUGGAGAAAGCUGAUUGUUUUCUUCUAGUUGGUACCCAGCCAAGGGUGGAAGCUGCUAUGGUAAACGCCAGAAUCCGCAAAACAGUUCGAGCUAACCAAGCCAAGGUUGGUUACAUUGGCCCUCCUGCUGAUUUCAACUAUGAUCAUCAGCAUCUUGGCACAGGCCCUGAAACCCUAGUUGAAAUAGCCGAGGGCCGCCAUUCCUUCAGCUCGGCACUCUCAACUGCCAAAAACCCCACCAUCAUAAUUGGCGCCGGUAUCUUUGAAAGGGAAGAUAAAGAUGCCAUUUUCUCAGCUGUUCAAACCAUCGCCUCCAAACACGAAAACCUCGUCAGACCUGACUGGAAUGGAAUCAACGUUUUGCUCCUUAACGCCGCCCAAGCCGCUGCACUAGACCUUGGACUCGUGCCUGAAUCUGACACCAGCAUCGAAUCUGCAAAAUUCGUGUAUUUAAUGGGUGCCGAUGAUGUCAACUUGGAUAAGCUCCCAAAGGACGCCUUUGUUGUGUAUCAGGGCCACCAUGGCGAUAAAGGUGUUUAUCGUGCAAAUGUGAUCCUUCCAGCAGCAGCGUUCAGCGAGAAAGAAGGGACAUACGAAAAUACAGAAGGGUGUGCUCAGCAAACAGUGCCAGCAGUCCCCACUGUCGGUGAUGCUAGAGAAGAUUGGAAGAUUAUUAGAGCUCUUUCUGAGGUUUCUGGGGUUAGACUACCUUAUGAUACAAUUACUGCUGUGCGGUCACGAAUAAGAACUGUGGCACCAAACCUGUUGCGUUUGGAUGAGAGGGAACCAGCGACAUUUUCUGUGUCGCUGAAACCCGAGAGCGGUAGCAAGGUGAGUAAAACGCCAUUUGGGGUUACGAUUGAGAACUUCUAUAUGACCGAUGCCAUCACAAGGGCAUCAAAGAUUAUGGCACAAUGCAGUGCUUUGUUGAAGAAGUGAGUGAUCCUUGGAGCCUGUAAUAAAGUUACCAUUUUUGCUCUUCGAAAUUCUUGAAGAAAAGAAUUGUAGAAAUUGUGAUGCAAUUGCCAUACUAGAGUUUUAUGCUCAUAAAUGGCAGCUUUGACAUUGAUUCAUGGGUUUGUAAUCUUUGUAAUUUUUAGAGUAUUUUGUUUUGGGAUUUGAGCAAAUGUAAUGCUUUUUUUUUUGGAUUAUUGCAACAAAAAGAUGUGAAAGAUUUUGUUUA